UUAAAGUUGGCUGUCGUUUUUAUACAAUGUUAUAUCGCUAACUAAUUGAUAAAGGCUUUCUUUCGUUUUCCAGUUUAUUGCUUAAAAAGGACUAAGCGGCUAUCGCUUGUUUGCGGGUUCUGUUGACAGAGCGUGUGUGGAAAUGCCUUCAGUUAAUUAACGUUACAUCAUGUAAAAGAAAGUCACAUUCAUUUGAAUAUUAGAUAUUUAGGCGUUUAUCCUGUCUAGAAGAAUAACACAUCUGCUGUGUUUGUUCUGGAUUGACGGCCACCACAUUCCUCUGAAAACAGACUGCUUUACAGUCAGCAUGUUGGGGCAGAUAGCGAGAAGAAGACUUGGCCUCCUCCUCCACGGACAGCAGCGGAUCUCUAAUGGACUGAACGGAGUCUCGUUUAAUCAGCUGCUCUCUAAAGAGACACACAGGCACACACAGUCCUCAUUCAACACCAGCAGUCCUAUCUCGACGAUGUCGCUGUGGCCGUUCUCAUUUCAGCCGCGGGACUUCAGCCUGCCCAACUCGUCAUGGAGUCCAGAGAUGUGCAAGGCUUUCGAUCACUAUAAUGCACUGUGUGACAAUGACACUGAAAAUGGCGAGGAGAAAAAAAGGGCUCCUUGGAAGAAGUUGCCCAGCUACAACCGCUCCAUUAAAUAUGCUACUGGCGGCAUCCACCUCAGCAAACUCAUCCAGGCCAAAGCUCGACUUUUCACAAGAAAUGUUAAAGAGCAAGGAGCAACGUUUGAAUAUGUGGUGUUUGUCAAUAAGGAGGAGAAGAGCUGCGUUUGUGUGUUUCAGGCAGGACGUUUACUAGAGGGUGCACCGGGGCAUGUCCAUGGUGGAGCCAUAGCCACCAUGAUUGACACAGUGACAGGUUCUCUUGCUGGUUACCUGUCAGGACCCAUUAUGACUGCCAAUCUCAACAUUGACUACCGCAGUCCAAUGCCUCUGGGCAGUGUGGUUUUAAUCCACUGCGCUCUGGAUCGAAUAGAGGGGAGGAAAACAUUCAUCACUUGCAAAGUGACCAACACUGAUGAGUCCAAACUCUACACUGAGGCCACAGCUCUAUUUGUUUCAAUAAGUGUGGGCCAUUUAUUUGGAACACGAAAUUGACAGCAGCCUGGAAUCCAGAGCCACGCACAUCUGUGUGCAUAUCUGUAUGCAAAU